AUGAGCAACAAAAUGUGGGAGGUUGAUCCCGAAACAAAGAGCAAGCUCCUAGAUAUCCAAAAGACCAAUGAGAACAACCGCUGUGUCGACUGCGGUGCUCCCAGCCCGCAAUGGGCUUCCCCCAAGUUCGGCAUCUUCUUCUGCCUCUCGUGUUCUGGUACCCACCGCUCCCUCGGUGUUCACAUCUCCUUCGUACGCUCAAUCACUAUGGACUCGUUCAAGGUCCAGGAAGUCGAGCGCAUGUCCAAGGGCGGCAACAGACCAUGGAAGGACUUCUUCGACUCCCACGAAUCAAACACCCUCCAGGCUCGUACCUUUGACGAAUGCACGAUCCAGGAACGCUACGACAGUGACGCUGGUGAAGAGUGGAAAGAACGCCUGACCGCAAAGGUCGAGGGCAAGGAAUACGUUCCUGGUACGAAGAGCAGUGCUAUGCCUGCUCGAGCAAAGCCUGCCACCUCGGCCUCAACGAGCAGGAGCCAGACUCCGCUCGGUGCCUCGUCUGCCGGUCCCCCAACACAAAAAGUUCAGAACGAAGCCUACUUUGCCCGCAUGGGUGCCGAGAACGCACACAGACCCGACUCUCUACCUCCCAAUCAGGGCGGUAAGUAUGCUGGUUUUGGUAGCGAUCCCACGCCCUCGUCUUCCUCAGCCUCUACCUCAAUCCCUGGUGUCGACGACUUCCAAAAGGAUCCCGUUGCCGCUCUCACGAAAGGAUUUGGUUGGUUGAGCAGUACCGUGACCAAACAGGCCAAGACUGGCUACGAUGGGUGGGUAAAGCCCAACAUGCAGAAGCUGGCAGAAGCCGAUCUCGCAGCUCAGGCACGUAUGACGGCGGCACAGUUGGGACAGGGCAUUCAGACCGGCACCAAGGCGGCUGCCGAGAACUUCAACCGCUUUGUCGAGGGCGACGAGAGACUGGCGCCAAAGGGAGGAGCCAAGGGUCCGGCAGCAGACAAGCGCGACUUCUGGGACAGCUUUGGUGAACCUCCUCAGGGACCUGCAAAUGACAAAAAGGACUUUUGGGAUGACUUCGCCGCUGCUGGCGAAACGGCAACACAAAAGAAAGCUGCCUCAUCCAGUAUAGGAACAAGUGCCAUGAAGAAGCCUGCAAGCGGGUCACAGCAAAAGUCUGGCGAUGAUGCAUGGGGCGACUGGUAG